UACAAACUAAAAAAGGAAAAUUUCACUCUGGUUUGAUCCGGUGUGGUGGGCGACCCGAACAAGAACAACCUCUGCCCGGUCCAAGUGGGACCCACCUUUUUGCAAUACUCCAUCUGUAUUUCGUCUACUCUCCAGACUCUCCCCGCAAAUUCUCUCUCUCCCGGUCCCCGACUGUCGCUGCGCUGUGCCCCCUCUGCUCACCCACCCCAAUCUCCAAUGCUCUAGGGUUAUAUCUCUCACAUAUAUCUACUAUUACAUCCAGAGCGGAGAUAUAGCCCGAGCGAAAACCGCAGAAAAUUGAGUUCCCCAAACUCUGCGCCGAGCCGACGGGGACCGGGGCCGGCGGAGCGAUCUUAUCGGUCCGAUUUGGGAAGUUGCGCGGGCUGAAUCCAUUCCUCCUACCUAUCGUUUGAUUGGUUUUCAUUUUCUUCCCCCCCCAUGAGUUCCAGCGGUCCGGAUUUGGUGCGGCUCGUGGAGUCGCUACUCGGAGUCUCCCUCGGCGGUGCCUCGUCGGACGUUGUGGUUCUGGUCCUCACUACCUCUCUCGCCAUUGUUGUGGGGUUGGUAGUCUUCUUGUGGAAGAGAUCGUCCGAUCGGAGUAGAGAGGUGAAGCCGGUGGUGAUAACGAAGCCGUAUUCGUUGAAGGAGGAAGAGGACGAAUCCGAUGCCUUGGCUGGAAAAACUAAGCUCACCAUCUUUUACGGGACUCAGACUGGGACGGCUGAAGGUUUCGCUAAGGCUUUAGCUGAGGAGAUCAAGGCAAGAUAUGAAAAGGCGGCUGUCAAAGUUGUUGACUUGGAUGAUUAUGCUAUGGAGGAUGAUCAGUAUGAAGAAAAGUUGAAAAAGGAAACUUUGGCGUUUUUUAUGGUGGCUACUUAUGGUGAUGGGGAACCAACGGAUAAUGCUGCAAGGUUUUAUAAGUGGUUCACAGAGGAAAAUGAAAGAGGUGUUUGGCUUCCAGAACUCAAUUUUGGUGUCUUUGGCUUGGGUAAUCGUCAGUAUGAACAUUUUAAUAAGAUUGCAGUUGUCCUUGAUGAAGAACUUUGUAAACAAGGUGGCAAGCGUCUCGUUCCAGUUGGUCUAGGUGAUGAUGAUCAAUCCAUUGAGGAUGAUUUUACUGCAUGGAAAGAAUUACUAUGGUCAGAGUUGGAUCAAUUGCUCAGAGAUGAAGAUGAUGUGAAUACUGCAUCUACACCAUAUACGGCAGCAAUACACGAAUAUCGUUUAGUUAUUCAUGAUCCUUCUGUAACAUCUUACGAGGACAACAUUGGAAACUUGGCAAAUGGCAAUACUUCUUUUGACAUUCACCAUCCCUGCAGAGUCAAUGUUGCUGUCCAAAGAGAGCUCCACACCCCGGAGUCUGACAGGUCUUGCAUGCAUCUGGAGUUUGACAUUUCGGGCACUCCUAUUGCAUAUGAAACUGGAGAUCAUGUGGGUGUUUAUGCUGAGAAUUGUGAGGACACUGUUGAAGAAGCCGGGAAGUUAUUGGGUCAACCCUUGGAUUUGUUGUUCACUAUUCAUUCAGACAAAGAAGAUGGGACACCCUUAGGAGGUUCAUUGGCGCCUCCCUUCCCUGGUCCUUGCACUCUACGUUUGGCACUUUCACGCUAUGCUGACCUCUUGAACUCUCCACGGAAGUCUGCUUUGGUUGCGUUGGCUGCUCAUGCAAGUGAACCAAGUGAGGCAGAGAGACUUCGAUUUUUAUCUUCAGCACAGGGGAAGGUGAAUAAACUAUUGAUGCUAGUUGUUGUUUCCAUCUUGGCUCUUUUAUGUUUGUGCUGUGCUUGGACUCCUGUUAAUUCUGAGUUCAACUUCCAGGAUGAAUACUCACAAUGGAUUGUUGUUAGUCAAAGAAGUCUCCUUGAGGUAAUGGCCGAGUUCCCAUCUGCAAAACCUCCUCUUGGCGUAUUUUUUGCAGCAGUGGCUCCUCGACUGCAGCCUCGUUACUAUUCAAUCUCAUCUUCUCCUAGAUUUGCUCCAAAUAGAGUCCAUGUAACGUGUGCUUUAGUUCAUGAGCAGACACCAACUGGUAGAAUCCACAAGGGAGUGUGUUCAACCUGGAUGAAGCACACUAUUCCUCUUGAGAAUAGCCAAGAUUGUAGCUGGGCUCCUAUUUUUAUCAGGACCUCUAACUUCAAGUUACCAGCUGACCCUUCAACUCCGAUUAUCAUGGUGGGACCGGGUACUGGAUUGGCACCUUUCAGGGGGUUUCUACAGGAAAGAAUGCAUCUGAAAGAGGAGGGCCGUCAGCUUGGCACUGCUUUGCUGUUCUUUGGAUGCAGAAACCGACGGACUGAUUUUAUAUACGAGGAGGAGCUAAAUAAAUUCGUGGAACAAGGAGCGCUCUCUGAACUCAUUGUUGCCUUUUCAAGGGAGAGCCCGCAGAAGGAGUAUGUUCAACAUAAGAUGGUGGAUAAAGCUGCAGAAAUAUGGAGCAUAAUUUCUCAAGGGGGAUACUUUUAUGUGUGUGGUGAUGCCAAGGGGAUGGCAAGAGAUGUUCAUCGCACUUUGCACAACAUUGUCCAGGAGCAGGGAGGGUUGGAUUCGUCGAAGACGGAGUCUAUGGUGAAGAAAUUGCAGAUGGAUGGGCGAUACCUUAGAGAUGUAUGGUGAUCAAAUGGUUUAUCCUUCGCCAGUGUUUGCGAUUAUUUGCUCAGCAGUUCGCCCGAACAAGUAUAGCAUUGAUUUAUUCAUCUACUUGAGCAAAAGCCUCUUUGAUGUUCAAGCUGGUGGGGAAGAUUAAGAUAUAACAUUCCAUUAAGGAGCGUAAAUUGUAUUCUGUCUGUCUGUCUUAUCUGCCUUAGCUUGGCUACGGGUUUUCAGUGUAUCUUCCCUAUAGUUUGGAAUACAGGUUUCGUCAUUAUAAACUGCAGAACAAGGAUACAAGUGCAAAUGUAGCUAGUUUACAAGGAAAGCGGCAAGUCGAAAUGGACAAAGAUACAGAGGCUGUUUGUUAUCGUUCCUCUGUUUUCCUCCAUAGGAAUUUAUGUAUGAAAUCAUUGUAGUAAGCAAGAAUAAAACAUGAAGAAUUGGGUUCAUGUAAUAAGAAGGUACUUAUUAAAGUUGUGUUUGUCAUUUGUCUC